AUGGCAAUGUCCAAAGGCGAGCUUAUCCCAGAAAUAAACAUGGAAUCUGUGCAGACUGUGACACCGUUGAGAAUAACGGAGCCACGACAAGCACGCCAAGUGUUGACGGCAGACCCUAUCGGUUCGGGAAUAUUCAGGCAUUGCCUGCACAUCCUUCUUUACCACGCAAAGGCAAGCCAAGAUGAUGCUCGUUGGUUUCAUGUUGGAUGGCUCAAGGAGUCACUGGCAAGGGCCUUGUUGGAGCAACCAAUAUUAGCUGGUCGGUUUCGAGAAGGAGAUGAAUUGAUGGAGAUUGUGUCAAAUGACAGUGGCAUUAGACUUCUUGAGACAAGGAUCCCAACUUCCUUGUCUGAGUUUCUUGAUUUCAGGGGCAGCAGAGGCAGAAAGGAUGCAGAAGCUGAGCUUGUGUUUUGGAAAGAUAUUGAUGAACAAAAUCCUCAGUACUCCCCACUUGUUUAUGUUCAGGUGACCAAUUUCCAGUGUGGAGGAUGCUCAAUAGGAAUUAGCUGCAGCCUUCUUCUGGCAGACAUUUUGUUGAAGGAAAACUUCAUCAAGAAAUGGGCUGACAUCCACAACAAUAUGCUUUCAAAAGAUGAUCUGCCUGCAGCACCAAUGUAUUAUUUCCCUAACACUAAAAAAUGUACUGAUAGCUCCCCCACUAGCAUAUUUAGCUCUAAUACUAGCGAAAAGUCUAGCCAAACUAUGAUUUUCACUAUCCCGGGGGAGCAUGUGAAUUCGGAGAAUGAUUAUGCAUUGCAAUUUUGUGUUGAAGAAGCAGAGCGCAAGUUUGGUACCAAAAUGGCUUCCAAGUGGUCCUUGUUUUUGAAGACCAAGUCCUGCAAUUCAAUCAAGGUUGAGAACUUUCCAAAAGAUGGACUUAUUAAGCCGAAAUCAGGCCUUCAGAGUCAAAUUGCAGCAGCAAUCUGGGAUGAUUUUGGCACAAAUGACGUCGAAUUUCGCAAAGGGAAAAAGCCUGCUCUUGUUUCGUAUUGGAUCGGAUUCGUUUCCGGUGGACUCGUCAUGGCAAUGCCAUCAGCUGAUCAAAAGGGUUGCCCUGAUGAAGUGAAAGUGAUUGUCACAGUUCCUUAUCAGGAUGAAUUCUAG